UCUCUGUUUCAACCAGCAACCAAACACAACGCGAUCGCGGAAAAAUCAGAUACCCAACCAGAAAUUCGCAUUUAAAGGUAGUCACCAGUCAGUAGCGAACCACCGCGAUUGGAUUGAGCAUCGGUUUACAGUGGAAGCCCUUCCAGCAUCUAGUAUUCAUUGAAGUUCCUCGGUGUUUUAAAGUGAUCUUGGAAGUGAUAACUGGCCUGCUUUGAUUGCGUUUUUCAAAAUGACGAUAGAUUGUGACGUUCAGUACGACAACAAUCCCCAGGGGAUAUUCUACGUCGGUCAAACGCUAUCCGGAAGUGUCGUUCUGCGAUCGUCCGAACCGGAAGCAGUGAAUGUUGUUUCUGUAAAAAUCGAAGGAUUCACCGUAGUCCAGUGGACCGAACGUCGCCCACCUCACGGCAAACGACACAGAUCCCGACAGUUCAACGGACGUCAAGACCACUUCAACACACUCAUCGAUCUGCUAGGAUCUCGUAAUGUCCCAGCUAUCACCAUACCCCAGGGAACACAUGCCCACAAAUUCAGCUGCCCUCUGCCGGAUUCUCUGCCGACCUCUUUCGAAGGACAGUACGGUCACAUUCGGUACACGAUAACCGUAAUGAUCGAGAGGCCUACACAGCAGUCUACCACGUACCGCGAAGCAUUCACAGUGCUUCGUGCCGUGAACCUCAAUAACAACCCCUCUCUAAGGGAACCCAAAAAGCUAGAGCUGAGCAAAUCCUCCGGUUGGUGGAUUUUUAAAUCCGACCCCAUGGACAUCACAGUAGACAUCCCUAGCACCGGUUACGUUUCAGGGCAGAACAUCCCCGUUGUAGUUCAGUGGAAGAAUAACAACGGAGCCAUCCGAGGCAUACGCAUCAAGCUGUUCAAGCACGAAACCUAUGCAGCCACUGAACCUUACGAGAAGUCCAGAACCGACUCCCAGAACGUGGUGAAAAUCGAAAACCGAGACCACCAGCAGGACAUUGAAGGGAAGUUUGAAAGGAAUCUUUUGAUCCCAUCGCUACCGCCAAGCAGCACUAGCCCUCUCAUUACCAUAGCGUACGAACUGGCAGUAUAUGUGCACCUUUCGGCCGACGACAUCCCAUCGUUCAAGGUUCCGAUUACAAUCGGAACAAUUCCGUUGAUAGCUUUACCUCCAUCGGCAAGGCCACCACCGCCUGGAGGUGAUGACCAGGAUCAACCACCCGGUUAUCCACCGACGUACGGAUUCAAGUUUGCUGGAAAUCCGUCGGAUACAGCCACGGACAAGGCCGGUAGCUCUUCCAACCAGCCUACGGCAAUGCAGCCAGGUCCGGCACCUUCCACAAGCCAGGCUCCGAUGCAGGCGCAUGAUCUUCCGCCUCCCACCUACGAAGAAGCGAUGAGUACCGUAACCAACACCGAUGGAGACGAAGGCCCGGCCCCCAUGGAUUCCAGUAAACCCUUCAUCCCACUUUAUCCGGUGUACAACUUUGGUGACCCAGGUCCAGAACAGCAGCAAUAAAUUUUCUAAUAACUAAUUUAUGUGUCGGGUAGCUAAGCUUAAGUGACGACCUUCCGUUAUCUUCUAUGUGUAUUUACUGGAAACGGUAACAAAAAAAACUGUGGGUGGUGUACCCGAGGGAA